AACGCGUCUGCUGUCAGUCAGACAAAGACGGUCAGUCAGUCAAUCAGGGCGAGUCUUCUUCACAACAUCACAUAAAAUAUCAUCUUCGUCGUCUGACAGAGCGCAUUAAAUGAUCUGCUGCACUGAGAUUUUGUGUAUUUUCCCGAUUCCAGAAUGUCUCACUUCACAGAUGAGCCACGCUUCACCAUCGAACAGAUCGACCUGCUCCAGAGACUGCGGCGUACAGGUAUGACCAAACCUGAGAUCGUGCACGCGCUGGACACCCUGGAGCGACUCGACCGCGAGCACGGGGACAAAUACAGCCGGCGCGGCCCGUCGGACUCCAACGCCACCACCUCAAGCACUACACCCACCUCAAAUAGCACUAGCAACUCCGCCACGUUGACCUCCUCCACCACUUCCACAGCAACGCAAACACAGUUCCACGGUAAUUUAUCGCCGUCGCACAACAACAGCUACGCCACGUCUCCACCCGCAGUCUUACCCUCGCCCGUCUCUCUGGUCGCCACGGCACAGAACGGGCGGGACGCUUUGGCGAUGACACCCAAUGGGAGAUUGUCGCCCAGCCAUUACCCAGUGAACAGUGCGGCAGCGGUGAGGUCGUACGGGCUGGAUGGGUCAGAGGAGGACCUGGAUAUAGAUGACAAGGUGGAGGAGCUCAUGAGGAGAGACAGCACCCUGGUGAAGGAGGAAAUCAAAGCCUUUUUGGGCAACAGACGCAUCUCACAGGCCGUGGUGGCUCAGGUCACAGGCAUCAGUCAGAGCAGAAUCUCUCACUGGCUUCUCCAGCAGGGCUCAGAUCUCAGCGAACAGAAGAAACGAGCUUUCUAUCGCUGGUACCAGCUGGAGAAGACAACGCCAGGUGCCACAUUAAAUAUGCGUCCCACCCCUGUAUCUCUGGAUGAGAUGGAGUGGCGUCAGACUCCGCCCCCCAUAAGCUCCGCCCCUGGAAGCUUCCGUUUGCGCAGAGGCAGUCGAUUCACCUGGAGGAAGGAAUGUCUCGCUGUGAUGGAGAGCUAUUUCAGUGAUAAUCAAUAUCCAGAUGAAGCCAGACGAGAGGAGAUCGCAAACGCCUGCAACGCUGUUAUUCAGAAACCAGGAAAGAAGUUGUCUGACUUGGAAAGAGUCACAUCCUUGAAAGUCUACAAUUGGUUUGCCAACCGACGCAAAGAGAUCAAGAGGAGGGCCAAUAUUGAAGCCACAAUCUUGGAGAGUCACGGGAUCGAGGUGCAGAGUCCCGGAGGACACUCCAACAGUGACGACGUCGACACCAACGACUACAACGAGCAGGGUUGUGAUGUUUCCUAUUUUGAAAAGAGAGGCAUGAACAGACAUUUCGGUUACUACCGUCUGGAGCCCACCUCACCAACACAGGAUGACACCAGUAAUCACGCAGACCACCAGGACCCCAUCUCUCUCGCUGUGGAGAUGGCAGCUGUCAAUCACAGCAUCCUCGCCCUGUCCCGCCCGGGAGGCGUGGCCAGUGAAAUCAAAACAGAGUCACUGGAUGACGACUGAAGAAGACCACGGGACGAAGAGGAUCAAUGAGUUUGUGUGUGGAUGUCUCCAGACGUAUUCAAUGACCAAAUCAACGCUUUGUCUCAAGCUUUUAGAAUUGAAUAUCACCUGCUAUCAACACUACUAAACAAGCCCAGAGUCAACGACACACUCUCUCGACACGAGCUGACAGGAAGUGUGACUAUGUUCGGCCAACAGAUCUUAUUUAAGCCUCCUGAACCCUGGCUGACCCAAACCUCGUACCUCAUUCCAGUAACUUGUAUAAUGCUUGGUGUGCUUCCUGUCUGUGCGCUCCAGUGACCCUCAUUCUCACAGAUAAGCUAAAGGCAGAGAUUUUAAGAGAGAGGAGAGUCUGAUAGCAAAUUUCUGCUUUGAAUCCAUGAUUUCCUCCAUUCCCACGACAGACGUUCUCAGUUAACAGGUUUAAUGCCUCUACUUUACUUUUUUGUUCCUUAUUUCUUUAAACUGCAAUUGCGUGAAUCUCAUGAAAACUGUCAAAAAUCUGUCUCAACACAAAAUGAAAGAGAGAUAAGUAUAUUUUGCAUAAAUUAAAUAGAAAAACAAUUUUAAAUCGGUAGAGCAUUGCGUUAUGAAGUGCAAGGUUGGGGGUUCGAUUCCCCGGGAACACAUGAUAGGUAAAAAUUGAUAGCCUGAAUGCACUGUAAGUCGCUUUGGAUAAAAGCGUCUGCUAAAUGCAUAAAUUUAAAUUUUUUAUUUAAAUUGUAAAGCAUUUGACAUACCCUAUGCUGACUAGAAAAAGAAUCAUUAAAAAAUAUUAAACCUUUUUUUUUUUUUUUUACGGAAAAUGUGCAUUAUUGCCAUGAUGCAAAAUAUAAUUUCUUACUUUGCGUUUGGUUUGCGGGAGACAUUAAACCAGGAUAUUUAUAUAUAUUUUUUUUUUUUGUAGAGAUUCAUUCAAUUGCAUUACACUGUACUUUAAUUUGAAUUAUGUUCAAAUGGGGCGGGGGAGGGUGAAAUAUAACUGUAGUGAAACUUGAAAGAUGUGAGUACAUAACCGCCAAAGCGUUUUUCAAAGUUAAUCAGCGUUAAAGCUCAAGUCUCCUGGACUCUAAAUUAACCUGCAAAGUGAGGCUUCAGUGGGCAGACAGCUAGCUUUCUUUAUUUUAAACCAUUAAAGGUGGGGUAAGUGAUUUCUGGUAGCCAAUGUUGACAUUUAAAAAUCACCAAAACAAACACACCCCUCCCCCGAAAGGGUCUUGCCACUAUUUUGAUAGCUCCGCCCCUCACAUACGUGCACACCCCAUGCAACGAUUACUUCUGUGAAACAAAGCAAAACCAAUAUUACACCUUGUGUACACCAGAUUUUUAGCGAACUCAUCAUAAUAAGUGAUGCUGUCUACACUAUAGAUGUAUAUAGCCUACAUAUCUAUGGUAUACACUGGAUGUGACAUGACACGACAAAUCCCAGACAGAAAACUGCUGCUGCGUUCUAUUUAUGAUGUACUGACACAAAUUUCAAAUGGUUUUCAAUGGUCGCUUUGUCGUGUCCAUUCAAAGUCCUUUUAAGAUGAGUCAUGUCACUCGGCGGCCAUCUUUAAAGCCCCUCUCGGGGGUGCAAGUGCAACUCCUAUCUCUUUGAAUGGGUCAACAUCAAAUUCUCCAAAAAUGUUCACUAAACUUCCUAUUACAUGUCGUCCCCUUGGAAUUAUAAGGUUCUAUCUGACAUUUGUCAAAAUUGAGUUAUUCACAUAUUCUUAAUCUGUGACAAUUUAUUUACAUUGUCUUUUUUUAUUUUAAGUUGUGUACAUUUUGGGAUUUUUUUAUUGAAAAAACAAAAAGGUUCUAUCUACAGAAGUCUAUGGAACACAAAAACUUUGAAGCUCAAUAUCUCAAAACUACUCAGAACGCAGAUAGAACCUAAUUCUAAGGGGACGAUGUCAUAUUUGAAAUCACCAAAGAAGCCUGACAACAGCUGUAAUGGAAAGCGCUCUCUCCUCCACAUCAUGAGUAGACACGCCCCUUAAUGCUGAUUGGCUACAAGUUUGUUUUGCUACUUGGCCUGGAUCAGUUUUCUAAAGCAUUUUUGAAAAAUCGCUUACCCCACCUUUAAGUGUCCAGCAUCACCCAAAGUAAAUAUGCAUUAAAGUGCUAUUCUUAUGUUUGUAUUUAUUUAGCUUUUACAUUUUUACUCGCGUGCAAAGAUUUCACACAAAGAGUCAAGACCGAAGCAUCUGCUCGUAUGAUGUUUAAAACUAAAUACGUCAAUGUGAAAUAUUGGCUCAAGCCGACAGCAGUCAGAAUUAUAACGUGCAAACUCCCACGAAGCUUUAUUAUUAUUAUUAUUAUGAAAUGAUAUCAGAAUUUCACUGUGUUAAUCGUUCACGAGAGACUGAAUGACAAAUGUUUGUUCUGCUGCCACACAGAGUCUAACUCAUCUAACAUAAGCUUGGUUCCAAAAUGUAGCUUAUUUUUUUUAUUCAAAAUUGUUUUAGAAUAACAAUUCACUCGCUGGGAUUCAUUCAUUGAAACGAGCAGAAUGACUCAUUCGUAGAGCCGUUCUUAAAUAAACGAUCACAAACUCAAAGCAUCACUUGCAUAACGCAACAAGCUACAGGACAAUGCUUUUACAAACAGCUAACAGAAAUGAGUUCUGUUCGUGCAUGAAUAAUGAAGCCCAGUUUUUUUAUGUAUCCUUCCUCUAUUGUGUACAAUUGAUAUUUAUAAAAUGACAUUUUGCUUAAUAAUAAUUCAAGAUUCUUUGUUUAUUUGAUUGUUUUACACUGUUUUUUUUGUUAAGUUCAGAGCAGUCUCCUGAAGCGUGUCUGAUCUAGAUCAAGCACCCCCUUCUCUCAAGAAACACUACUUGUUUUUUAAGUUUGUUGCAGGUCAUUUUCUAAUGCUAUAAUGUUCAAAUGUGCUUUUACAGUUGUAUUUCAAACUAAGGAAACGACUUGUCCUCGUCCGUGUGUCAUUAGAGCCUCUUUGUAAACAUGACAGAAUGUGCCAAACUGCAGUAUGAUGUCAAGUAUUUACAUUUACAUGAUAUCACAGUGACAGAUACAAUAAUACCAAUGACUCGUUCUGUUGCCUCAAGUAUUUUAUUCCAGAGCAACGAACGGUAACACUGCUGGUUUAAAGGGGGUGUUUUUCAUUUGCAUUUUCAUAUGUCUAUACACAAAAAAAUCUAUAGGCCUUUAAAAGCAACUGUAUAAAUAAACAGAAGAGAGUAACUAUGAAUUUAAAGAUUGUUUGAAUCAAAUAAUUCCAUAAUUUCAAAUCAUUCUGUUGUGAAUCAUCUGUAUCUCCCAUUUAAGAAUUUAGUGCCUUUUUUGGACUGUAGACUGUUCUAUAAGUAAGUAUAUUAUAGUAUAUAUAACUUUUUGUACAGUUUCUUUGUUUAAAAUGACUUUUUUUAAAACUUGUGUUUUAUUUUAGUAUUUUAUCUUCUGGAAAAUAAAGGUAUAUUGAUGACCAGC